AUGCCGUAUAACAACCCACCUACCAUAUCCCAGCACGCAGCGAUGCAACCUUUUCCGCCAACCCAAUACAACUACCUCCAACCCGCGGGGCUGGGACACACGAGCGGAGGAUCGCUUUCUUCUCUGGGGUCACCAUGGCCGAACACCGGCGCCGGGAUAAAUGGGCCAAUGCCGCUGGAAUAUAACACAGGGCUCGGACAAACACUUUCAACAGGCCCUUCCUUCCAAGCUCCAAAUACCACAUUCCAGAGCUUCUUGUCACCAGCUCCAACAAGCCAACAGCUAUUAGGGUUUAAUCCUAAUUCUUCUACCUACCCUCACAAUCCUGGAAACCCUUUCGGAUCCCCGGUACUUCUAUGGUCACCUUCACCCCUCUCUUAUGAAAACAGCCAGCCUCAUCCCGCUCCUACUGGGAUCCCAUUUCCAUAUGGUGGAUUCUCUAAUACCAUGCCUGAGACCCCCCAGGAACAAUUUAUCCCUCAACUGCCAAGCCAGAACUCUCCCCAAGAGCAUGUUCAAGGUUCUGUUCAAGAUUUAUCCGAGGGCUUUUUCGAGGGCCUGGACCAGCAACCAUUCGAGACCUUGUUUAACCCUGAUGAAAACAAAGAAGGGAACGGCAACCCUAACCCCAAUCCCAAUUCCAGAGGGUCGCAAUAG